UCGAAACCGGCGUUUUGAGUUCAGUUGUAGCCUGGUCGUUGCGAGCGGCGGAUUGAUUGCACAAUCUUCAACCGAACUGUUGCCAAAAAAACGCCGACAUUUUCAACUUAAUUGUUUUUAAAUCUAACUACGGGAUCGCAUUUCCAAUACGGCCAGCGGGCCAUGACUGUCGAUUUACUCCACAAGCAAAUGCCACCGGAUCGCCACCCCACCAGUGAGGAACAUUCUUCUGCAGACGAUAAGGGUCGUGUGAGUUCGGAAAUAAUGCGACCUCUGUCAGGGGGUGGGAUGCCCUCUCCUAAUUCUAGUGCACCAUCCUCCUUUUUAAUUAAAGACAUUUUAAGCGGCCCUGCUGCCCAAAGGCCUGGGCAAAGGAACUUUAGUCCGCCGUUGGGAUCGAGUCCACCGAUGCCGAGUGGUCCGCCACCCCCGCCGAUGAGUGUUCUUCAUCAUCCUCUCCAUCCCCAUCAAAACCCCUUUUUCAGACCAAUGUUGGACGUUCGGAGACCCAAUGGGGACAGUCAGUUCUCACAUCUGGAAGAAGAUGGGGAUGUUGACGAUGGGGACGUUUCAGACGAUGAAACAAGGGACGGAGGAAAUGACGAUCAUUCUGGUCUGGAAGAAACAAACAGUAAUGACCCAUCCAGUAGUCCACCUUACAAUCUAAAAGUUAAAAAACAGAGAAAAGCAAGGACGGCAUUUACUGACCAUCAGCUUCAAACGCUGGAAAAGAGCUUCGAGCGACAGAAAUACCUCAGCGUCCAGGACCGAAUGGAACUAGCGUCCAAACUCAAUCUCACAGAUACUCAAGUCAAAACAUGGUAUCAAAAUAGAAGGACGAAAUGGAAGCGUCAAACAGCUGUUGGUUUAGAACUUUUAGCCGAAGCCGGUAACUAUGCCGCAGUUCAGCGUAUGCUUCAGUCUACUCCUUACUGGCUGAAUCAAUAUGCCGCUAAUUUACCUUUUACCGCUGGAUUACCAGGAAUGGACAUGUAUUACCGACAAGGACUUGGUCUUCAGAAACCAAUGGCUUACAGGAUGUAUCCAUCUGCUCCAACGACAGCCAUGGGAUUGCCAGUCAAUUUCUCUUCAUCUACUGUGCCACCAAUGGCUGCGGCAAGUGCCACUUCACCCACCUCAUCUUCAGCGUCAUCUUUACCUUCUUAUUUCGCUAGGGAACCCCCUUGCUGAAAAUAGAUUGAUAGCUAUUUAAAAAAAAUUUAAUUUAUUAUUGUGAUCCUCCGUCGAAAAAUGACCAGAACUUGUAAAUAACUCUUGGACUUUCUCAAACGUUCCAGAACUUGUACAUAUUUGUAUAGAACUCUUGGACUUUCUCUUUGUCAACUAUGAAAGAAAAGGUGGCUUCUAAUAUGAGUUGAUGAAUUUGGCUGACUACUAGUCUAUGGCGCAGGUUUUGGCGAAAAAUGAUAGAAAUGGCGAUAAAAAUCCAGGAUUGAAGUUAAAAAUAGGAGCUGCCUCAGUGAUAAGACAAGAGUAAAAGAAUGCCUGCACGCCAGGUUAUUCACUUUCUAUGGACAGUUACAGAAAAUGAAAAACCAUUUUGCACUUUUUUUUUAAAAUUUCUUUUGAUGAAGUUGCAUAUGUACAUUAAAGUGUACAUUUUGAUGUACAUUAAAGUGUACAAUUUCUGUACAUUUCAUUUAUGGCGCGCGUUUAUGUAAAAAAUAGAAAAUUAUAGCAUCGCUUAGAAUGCUGAAAAAUGAAUAUACUUAAAAUGAUUUCUAAUAUUAAAUUUUUUUUAUGAGUGUUUUUGUUACGCAGCAUAAAAUUUAAAAAAAAAAUAAUAAUAAUAUUUACAUGAAAAUAUACAUUGUUUUUGAAGGCACAUUCAUUUUAAUUUUAAAUUCUUAAAACAGAUUAUGAAGAAUUACUUAUAUUAUUACAAUGUACUUUUAUGCAAUUUCAAAAGAAUUAGCUUGCAUUCUUUUCAAUUUUAACUCAUAUAGUUUUUAAUUAUAUUUUACAGCUAAACUUAUUAACAGACCUAAUAAUUCAUGAUUUGAUUUUAAAGGGUUAGACGAUUAAAGGAUUAGUGUAAGUUAUAACUUUUCUAAAAGUAUUAAUUUUCUCUCUAAAAUAGUCAAUUUUUUUUCAUCGAAGAAAUAAGUUUUUUUCUGUGAUCUCAGUUAAUAACUAAUUUAAUAUCGAACAGUGAAUUUAAUAAUCCAAUACUACUCGCUAAUACGUAGCUAUUUCACAUCCAUGGGCAAGAAACGAGACAGUAGAAUUGUCAAUUAAUCCAGAUAUUCUUGCAAUAACUACUUACCUUUUCGCUGCAAAAGUUUUCAAUUGUGCGCACUACCUGUUAUUUAAUAAUUCUUUUCAAAUUAGGCAUGCACAUUUUCUGUUUUCUUUCUUUCCAUUUUGAUUUAUGCAUUUUCAUUAUAAAAUUGCAAAUUAUUAUAUUCUCUUUGUGUUUUUCUUUCAAUUAGAUGCAUCGUUUUUAUUUAUCCAUUAUGGUGUUAGGUAUAGUUUUUAUUGUUUUAAAAAUUCUUUUGUUACGCUUCCUAUACAAUUUCGCUUCGGUUUUGGUGCUUUGUAUUUCCAAUUUUUUUGUGUGCUUCGUCUCUUUUCGUCUCCCUUUAUUUUGUGGCGUUUCAGUUUAUAGAGUAAUGAUUAAAUUUUCUUUUGUCUUUUAAGUUUAAUUUUUGUAUUACAAUGGAGCGACCGUAGCUGCUCAACAAUUUGUAAUUCAAUGCCUAAUUUUUGUUUUUUCGUAACGUAAGGCAUAAAUAUACAGAGCCAGCGAAGGAUAAAAAAAAUAUUUGCGCUUGUAUUGACCUUUCCAAGUAUUGUUUCGCCAUCAAAUUUUUUAAAUUUUUUUUUUUUUUUUAAUUUAUAGAAGCAGCAUUGAUAUUGUGAAUAGUUGUUUUAAGACCCCAAAAAAUCUUUACACUUAUAGUUGUAUUGAUUCAAGAUUUCUUUUGACAGCACAAAAAUCUUUACACUUGUAGUUGUAUUGAUCCAAUAUUUCUUUUGACAGCGCGAAAAAUCUUUACACUUAUAGUUGUAUUGAUCCAAGAUUUCUUUUAUUAGCACGAAAAAUCUUUACACUUAUAACUCUAUUGAUCCCGGAUUAAUUUUGACAGCACAAAAAAAUCUUUACACUUGUAAUUGUAUUGAUCCAAGAUUUCUUUCACCAGUGCAAAGACCGUUUCAGAUACAACUACAAAAGUAGUUGUAUUGAUCAUUUUAAGAUUUAUUUAUUUAUUUAUUUUUUUUUUUUGUCGAUCGUUUAAAAAAAUCAGUUUUAUCAAGCAUGCACCGUAUUGGAAUUGUCGCAAUGAUUCACUUAGUUUGAACACAAAGAAAAAUGAAUUUAUGCAAAACUGUUUUAACUAUAUAAAUCUUUAUUGUUUCUAAACAGUUAGUUACACUUCUUCCAAGAAAGUCAAAUCUAUUAUUUAUUUCAAACUUAAUUAAGCAAAAAAUUGCAAAAGUAGUGAAUAAACUGUAAAAAAUGAUUAUAUAUUCAAUAAUUGUACAACUAUUAUAAUUGUACAAUUAUUGAAUGGAUUUUCCUUUUUUUAAUAUGAAUUAAUAAAAGUGAAGUUACAGUUAACUAUGAAUUUUUUAGGCUGUAGCUAUACAAAAAGUUUAGAAGAAAUAAGAAUAAAAAGAAUGCAACUAAUGUAAAUUAUGAAAUUUAUUUAUCUUUAUAUAUUAGCUCUUUUUUUUUUUUUAAUGUUACAGUUUUAAGUUGAAUUAUUUCAAGAGUCUGCUAAACAAAUAAUUCAAAAAUUGCUACAUAAAAUUUUGACAAUUUUAUUGUCAUUAUUAAUAUUUUUAUUGCUUCAAACUCUAAAAAAGAAAAAAUUGCUAUAUGUGCUAUAUAUUUUCUUUCAGUUUAUUAAUUUCUCUUCAUGUCCCCGGAAUGUAAAAAGUGGUAGCAUGUUUUUAAUUUGAAAAUGUUAGUUUUACAGUAAAACGACUAGCAUACGCUUAAUGAAAGGAUAACUACUUUUGCGCUUGUAUUUUUUAAAAAAUAACUGGCUAUUUGAAUUUAUGAAAACAUGUAUUUAUUUGAUUUAUAAUACUAUUCUGUCAACCAAUUUUUAAUUUUCAUAACCAUUUGGCGCAGCUGUCACAUUCUCACUUAUAAAUGUGUAUUUUAACUCAUUUUCAAAAUCUUGUGUAAAUUUGUUUUAUUGUAUAAAGAUGCCAUAUUAUCAUAUUGUAAUAUAAUUUCACUGUUUAAAAAAAUGUAUUUAUUUAUAUUUCAAAUAAUAUCCAUAAUAUCUGCAUAGCAGAUUUAUAUGCAGUGAUACGCAUUUGAUUUGCAAAAAGAUUAUAUGACUGUCGAUCAGUUGAAUAAAAUGUUUUUAAAACAUA